CUUUCCUGGAACUUGCUUUUGCUUGAGCAAAUUGUGUACAUAGCCUGAGGGAGGGGAAGAAAGCCGCUGAGUCUUCUGUAUAGAGAUUCGUUCUUUUGUAUCUCAUCGGUGGAAAUUUCUGCAUUACCUUUUCCACUUUCUUGUUAGCUGGUAAUUUGAAUAAGAAUUAGUUUUAUGCUGUUGCAACUUACAAGUUCGAAGUUGCAUGUUCCUCUUCCAGCUUUUGUUAGGUUCCUUAUGGUGGCUGGUUGCUUUGUUGGUGGUGGGUUUGAUUACUUCUGCCAGUUUUAGGGCUUUUGUUGCGGAGGUGAGAGGUCAGAUUUUUAGCAUAUCAGACUGUUUCAGUAGAUUACAGAGUUUGAUGGGGGGUAAAAGUUCAAGGGAGAGUUCCAGUUCGAGAUACAAUUCGUCGUAUGGGUCGAGUUCUUCCUUUAAUCAUCAUGGCUAUCCGCAAUCGCCAUAUACUCAACAACCCCCAUCCUAUGCGCCCCAGCAUCAGUAUGCGCCUCAGCCGCAGUAUGCGCCUUCUUCACCUUCACCAUAUGGUAAUCGGGGCAAUCCAAGAAAGAAGUUGGAGAGGAAGUAUUCCAGGAUAGCUGAUAACUACAAUUCCUUGGAACAGGUUACGGAGGCUCUUGCACAUGCUGGUCUCGAAUCUUCUAAUCUCAUUGUUGGUAUUGACUUCACUAAAAGCAAUGAGUGGACAGGUGCUAGGUCAUUCAAUCGACGAAGCUUGCAUCACAUUGGAGACACUCUAAAUCCCUACGAGCAAGCAAUAUCUAUCAUUGGAAGAACAUUAACUGCUUUUGAUGAGGAUAAUUUGAUACCCUGUUUUGGAUUUGGAGAUGCAUCAACACAUGAUCAAGAUGUCUUUAGUUUCUAUCCUGAUGAGAGACCUUGUGAUGGGUUUGAGGAAGCAUUGGCUCGAUACAAAGAAAUAGUCCCGAAUUUACGAUUGGCAGGACCAACAUCAUUUGCCCCUAUUAUUGAAAUGGCUAUGACUAUUGUCGAGCAAAGUGGUGGCCAGUACCAUGUUUUAUUGAUAAUAGCUGAUGGGCAGGUAACAAGAAGUGUCGAUACGGAGAAUGGCCAGCUAAGUCCACAGGAGCAAAAAACUGUUGAAUCAAUCGUGAAAGCAAGUGCGUACCCUUUGUCAAUUAUUUUAGUCGGAGUUGGAGAUGGACCUUGGGAUAUGAUGAGGGAAUUUGAUGACAAUAUACCUGCUCGAGCCUUUGAUAAUUUUCAGUUUGUGAAUUUUACAGAGAUUCUGUUGAAGAAUGUACCAGUUUCCAGGAAAGAAACAGAGUUUGCUCUUGCAGCCUUGAUGGAAAUACCUUCUCAGUAUAAGGCGACAAUAGAGCUCAACAUACUGGGUCGCCGUAGAGGGGAGGCUCCAGACAGGGUUCCUCUCCCCACGCCUGUAUAUGGUCAAGCUUCUGGCAACUCAAAACCUUCUUCUCGUUCAAGUAGUUUCCAGCAGAGGCAAAGUAGUUUCCAGCAGAGACAAAGUAGUUUCCAGCAAAGAGAACCUCCUUAUUAUGAAAAUGAGAAGACUUACAGUACUGCUCCACCUGCAAGUUCUGCUUAUGAUAACCAGGUCUGCCCUAUCUGCCUUACUAAUCCUAAAGAUAUGGCUUUUGGUUGCGGACAUCAGACCUGCUGUGAGUGUGGACAAGACCUUGAGUUCUGCCCUAUCUGCCGGAGUUCCAUACAUACUAGAAUUAAGCUCUACUGAAUGACUUCAACGAACAGUUCCUCCCCUAUGCAUGAUUUGUGCACCACCUGCAAUUAGUAUUGGCAACUUUUUUGUAAAUUCUUUUGACUCAGGGGAAUGACCUUUAUGUGUUAGUUGAAUUUCAUGGCAGGAUGAUGUCCAUAGCUUGGGUGGACGGCAUGAAUCUAAGGAGAUCUGAUUGUCCCUCUUGUACAU